AUGGCCGAACCCGGAACAGACACUCACCAACCACCACCGGCAUCAACGUCCCCUCCCCCACCAGCCUCAAUCCCACAAGCCCCCGGCCCACGUGCUUCACGUUUACACCAAGUAUUCGAUCAGGCCCUAGCGCGCACACUCCGCGCAAAUUCAUAUGUGAAUUUCGCAAGCUGCUUCCCUACCCCAGCGCGCCAUGUCCCUGCCAGCUUAGAGAGUGUCUGGCGACAAUUGAACGCGAAGCUGGAGGAAAGCGCAAAGGCAGAGUUUGAGGAGAUUGUUGAUGAGAGGGACGUUGUGCCGCAUCUGAAUGAACUGGAUCGGCUGGUCGGGGAGGCUAGGGAACGGAGGGAGCAGGAAGAGGAGAAUGAGGAUUCUGAGAGAACUGUCCCACAUACCCUCGGUGCGGAAGAUCUGUACAAGGCACACCUCACGCCGUAUCUGCUGGAAGCGCAGUCAACCUUGAAUGACAGGCUUCAAGUGACACAUGCGGACAAUGCGCAGCUGGCGCAGACUGUACAGUCGCAGAGACAGGAAAUCGAACAACUGCUGGCGCAUCUGGGAUCUGUGGUCUCUGAUAUUGAGGGUGCUGCCUCGGCUGCCACGCAGUUCAGCAAGGAACAUCAUCUUCGCCAGGAUGCGGUCCAGAUGGAUGAAGAGGUGAAUGCUCGUUCGGGUCUGUGA